AAUUAAAAGCAUACCACGUAUCCUGCCAGACUUUGAAAGUAAAGUUAUAUUUAUUGACGUUUUUCGCAAAAUGUCUUCCCCAGUCUGAAGCGCGUUAAUUUUUUUUCACAAACGAACACGUUAAUUUUCAACUUUAAAGCGUGUUAAGUGAAGAACAUUCUCGUAGAUUAGGUUGACGGCGUCUCCUAAAUCUCGGAAGAAGUGAUCUUUCCUUCUGUCAACGGCAUCUGCUGGUGGCGAACCCUCUCCAUUAGGGCUUGCUCUUAGGCAGUAGCUCAUAGAGAUCCGCGCUCGAGUCAUCAGCUGUUUGUUGGUGACCGUGUUGUGUUGCUAAAAUUUGUAACGUGACUGACUAUUGACCGCCAACUCGAUGUGAUUUUCCAAAAAAUAUUCGAAUUUGUGCUGAGACAUCGAAAGUGACCAAAAGGAUCAUUUCGAGAAUUCUUGUUUGAUCGUAGAUGAAAAUGAGGAUUCGAAGCCCGAGAACCACUAAAUGGGCCGUAUUACUUGCCGGGGCUAGCCUAGGAACUGGAUGCUGGUUAGCGCUUGAGCCUUCAGCACGAAGACAAGUGCAAAUAUCCGCACGAGGAUUGGAGAGGUUUGUUCGAACAAUCAGUAUUGGGACAACAAUUUCCAUUGACUACUGGUUAUCUAUGAGAAAUCCUGACAACAAACUCUCAGAAUGCCACUUGAGGUGUGCAAGUCGUAUCCUUUCUGGCUGCCUUCGAAAUGGAGGAGUUUAUGUCAAACUCGGGCAAGGCCUCGUGGCCAUGAACCAUAUUUUACCUGAAGAAUAUUUGGAUACGCUCGAGGUCCUACAUGAUCGUGCUCUGCGGCAUCUGCCUCAAAAAGAGGUGGAACAGGUGGUUGUCGAAGAUUUCGGUAGGCGUCCAGAGGAAUUAUUUGCUUCAUUCGAGCCGCAAUGCGUAGCCGCAGCGAGUCUGGCACAGGUGUUUCGAGCAAAGACGAAACAGGGCGAGGAAGUGGCCGUGAAAAUACAAUACAACGAUUUACAGCAAAGAUUCCAGGGUGAUGUAUGGGCAUUAGGCGUUCUAGUAAGUUUAGUUGGCUGGAUGCAUCCCGAUUACGAUUUCCGGUGGAUCCUUGACUACCUUAAGGAUUCCCUGGUUAAGGAGCUUGAUUUUGAACUUGAGGCAAACAAUAUGAAGAAAUGCGCCACUCAGCUUCUAAAUCUAAAAUAUGUUCGCAUACCAAAGGUAAUCGACUCACUAACGUCGAAACGUGUAUUGACGAUGGAAUGGAUUGACGGCAUCAAGAUUAACCAAAAGUCUGACCUAUUGAAAAUGGGUUACUCACUUUGUGACAUAGAUUACAAACUUAUUACCGCCUUCUCACAGCAGGUCUUUUUGCAUGGAUUCUUUCAUGCAGACCCUCACCCAGGCAAUGUUUUAGUGUCUCCGAAUCCUCGAAAUCCCCGAGAUCCGCAACUUAUUCUACUCGAUCACGGGCUGUAUGAGACGCUCUCAGAUGAUGAUAGAAUCAAGCUUUGUUCACUCUGGAGGUCUAUUGUCUACAACGAUGAUAAGGGUAUGCAGUUGAAUUCGAAAGCCCUUGGAGUUGCGCUAGAUCACUAUCGGGUCUUCUGUGAAAUUUUGGUGCAGCGUCCCCUGCUCUUCCGCCAAAGAAGUGGAGUUCCUUUAGCGAAAGGUCUGAGUAAAGCAGAAAUGGAAUACAUGAAGGACAUGGCCUCAAGAAGGUUCGAUGAGAUAAUGUGUUGCCUUAAAGCACUUCCCAGGCCGAUGCUUCUCGUGUUUCGCAACAUUAACACGGUCCGCUCAAUAGCUAAAGGUCACGGUCACCCUGUUGAUCGAUUUGCCGUUAUGGCCCGAAUCUCUGAUAAGGUCCUCGUGCAGAACGUUUGGCGCGGUAUAGCCACCCAUAGGGGAUCGAGCUCAUUUAUUACGAAGAUCUUUUAUUGCACCUAUGACAGUUUUUUGUCGUUGGUCUUGUACUCUUUGCGACGCCUACAACUUGAGGCAUUUUUAAUGUUAGCUUGGGCAUAUGACUGGUUCGCACGAGCAAGCCAAAGCGUAGCCCGUACUCUCAACCACGAUCUGGAUGAGCUGGCUAAGGAAAUCGAUGCUAAAAGAGCCAAAAGAGAAAAAUAUCUGUUUAAGUAGCACCUGUUGUUAUCAUUUACCUAUUCAUAAUUAAUGAUUUACUGAAUGGCUACUUGUAUUGUUCUUAUAGAAAUACUGUACCGGCGUAAAAAAAAUAUAUCUAACAUAAUAAUCAGCUGAUUCUUCAACUACCAGUUAAAUAUUUAUUACUAAUAUUUUGAUCUGAAGUCAUCAGGUAAUUUCUAUCAAACAACGUUAUUGCUUGUUUAAAACUUUUAUGGGAAUAUGAAUAUGUCUGAACUAUACGCGGCUCUAAUAAAGAGAAGACAAACAUAUACGAUACAUGUACAAAGCGAUAGAAAAUAUCAUUUUCUACAAAUAAAAACGAAUUCAGCCACUCUGAAGGGUAUUACAUCAGAGCCGUCGCACUCGUUAAAACAGAUGUCGCCGACUUCUUACACGACUGCAGCAUCAGAUUUGUAUUGACUUGCCAAAAUCAAAUCAGCUCAUUUCAGUCGAAAAGAGAAGGAAAACCGAUUGUUACUAACAAAUAUUAGUUGAAUCUUCAAGUUUCGAACAAGCUAAUAGAUAUGUCUGUAGACUUAUAUAUAUAUAUAUGAUGCUGAAAUGUUAUCAAAUGCUUUUAUGCACCACAUUAAAAUACUACUGUAAUAAGUAACGUUAUAUCAUUGUUCGACAGUAAUUCAAAGUUUAAAAACCAAUAAACGUGCAGAAGAAAACGCGCAGCACAAAACAUGA